AUGACAACCUACCCAAUGGUGAUUACAGCACAGCACUCCGUACAAGAGGAGAUAACGGGAGCUGGGUGCCACAGGUAUCAUUCCACGGCGUCGCUGAACGUGUUUGGUUCACAACUUUGCCGAGCAGCCGCAGAUGACAUGACAACAAUGGUGGCUAUGCGGAUGCGUUUGCGGAUACCAGCCACUCGGCUGGGAAAGUCAGCCAGCGGUCUCGGCAGUGGUCGAUUUUAUAGCAAUGCAGCAACAAAGCCAGCGAUGAACAGAGGCGGCAACGGCAACACACCAGUCUCGGGGCGCGUAGCAGGCAGCCGUCGGCCUGCAGACACGACGCAAGACAACGAAGGACGAUGCGCGGCAGAAGCAGCAGUGGCGCGCGAAGCAGCCCUUCGGGCGGCACGCAUCAGGCGGCAGGCCGAACGAAACGACAAGGAACUGCAGGAUUCAAAGCGGAGACAGGAUAAUGAGAGCUAUCAGCAGAGGUACAAAGUGGCGGCGAGGAGAUGGCUGUCGUCCAUUAUUGCGCUGCCUAUUCUGCUCGUGACGAGCUACUACCUGUUUGAUCGAUUGGUGCUGGGUCACGAUCAAAAGGUCAUGCCUAAAACUGUCCCAGCGGAUCAAAUGGACGAAACGGACGCCUGA